AUGCUGAAGACGGAGGCCUCAGGAGAGAGGACCACUCUCCGGAGUGCCUCCCCCCACCGUAACGCCUACAGGGCUGAGUUCCAGGCUCUGAAGAGGGCCUUUGACCAGCCUCAAAUCGAUGGCAACUCCAAACCCAAAGACCCCGAACGGGUCAAGCAGCCAAGGGGACGUCAGUAUGGCGCUCAUGUCAGCCGCAUCAAGGACAUGUUCAUGCAAAUGGGUUCAGAGAACACGGGUGCUAAGACCAGGGGUCGUGACGAAUCCUCUCCACAAAAAAUGAUCAAGCCCACCAACUUCAUCAACAAGGCAGAUGGAUCAGUGAUGAAGCUCCAGCAUUCUUCUUCAGUGGAAAGGGUUGGGGUUGCAGGGGCAAAGUUCUCAGAAACACGAAAGCUAUUCGAACAGCAGUCACGUGACCAGUCCCAGUCACCAGUCUACCCCUAUGGACGUGACAAGAGGGGUUCCCACGAACACCUGGAUGAGUGGCGAGGUGCGAGGUCCAACCGAGGUAGCACAGAUUCCUUGGAUUCCCUGUGCUCCAGAACAGAGGCAUCCUCACCAACUGUUAGUCAGCUUAGCGCUGUUUUUGAAAAUGCAGACCACUACGAAAAGGGGAUGCCCCAUAGAGGGGUCAGCAAACGUGCCCUGUACUCACCAGAUAGUUUCCAACACCAAGGAGGUGAUCUCAGCGAGGAUGAUUCUCGCCACUCUCCGGUGCGUGGAACCUAUCGGAACUGGAUAGGGGGCAAGGUCCCUGUGUCCUCAUCCUCUGAAGACCUUUUGAGCCCCAGUCCUCAGGCAGAGACUGUGGAUCUCAAACCAGUCCCCCAAGAGGAGGAACACCAGGAGAAAGCAGAAAAGGCUGGAGAGAUCACAGAGAGUGACGGGACCUAUUUGGAUGGGGCCACAACAAAUGGAAGCCAGGUUAAUGGAUCUUGUGAAGAGGAGGUCAAACUUUCAAAAACAAAUUACUCCACUGAGGCUCUAGGGGUGUCCGAAACUACAGAGCCAAUUGGCAAUGCUGUGAUUGGUGAUAAAGCUCUUGAGAACACCACCCCUGAACCUCUACUCACCACAGCCACACUGGUGAGAGAAAGCCAGGAUGAAGUAGAUGCUCCCAGGGAAGAGAAGUCCCCAAAGUCCCUUGAAGACCAGGUAGAGGAACCCGAUGAGGACUACACUGGAAAUGAGCGAGUUAUUUUCAACGCAGAUGGGGACGCCUGUUAUCAAGGUUGGGGGGAGAGCUGUACAGAUCCUGAGGAUGACCUUUAUGGAGAUGAUGAUGACAUUGCCUACGACCCCGGCUCAGAGCUCACAGAGAUUCCUGGUCUUCCAGAAGAAAACCAAGACGAUGUCCCUCCAAAGCGAAAGAUUCGCUUUAGCGCCGCCCCCAUGACAGUGUUCAACACCUACUCCAAUGAGGAUUAUGACCGUCGCAACGAGGAGGUGGACCCUGUGGCAUCCUCGGCCGAGUACGAGCUGGAGAAGAGGGUUGAAAAGCUGGAGCUGUUCCCCGUGGAGCUGGAGAAAGAUGAGGAUGGCCUGGGUAUCAGUAUCAUAGGGAUGGGAGUGGGUGCCGAUGCUGGCCUGGAAAAACUGGGCAUCUUCGUGAAGACGGUCAUCGAGGGCGGAGCCGCCGAGAGAGACGGCAGGGUUUAUUACAUGGUCCGUUCUUCAUUUGUUGUCUUCAUUCACAGCUCUCGUUUGGGGCAGACAGGGGAGUACGCCACAGAUGAGGAGGAGGCGGGACCAGCGGAGCCAGACGGGGAGAAGAACAUCGAGGUGUUUGAUUUGCCAGAGACAGAUGACAUCCUGUCUCCAUCGGAGCUCGACGCCACCAAGCUGUACCAGAAGUUCAGAGAGCUCCAGAUCAAGCACACGGUGACCGAGGCUGAGAUCCAGAAGCUUAAGAACAAGCUGGCAUCGGUGGAGAGGGAGAAGCAGCGCUGGGAGAAAGAGAAGAGCCAGCUGAAGGCCAGCAUCGAGGAGAACAAGGAGAGGAUGUUGAAGCUGGAGAGCUACUGGAUUGAGGCUCAGACCCUCUGCCACACUGUCAACGAACAUCUGAAGGAGGCCCAGGCCCAAUAUCAGACCCUGGAGAAGAAGUACAACAAGGCCAAGAAGCUCAUCAAGGACUUCCAGCAGAAAGAAGUGGAGUUUGUUCAGAAAGAGGAUGCGGAGAGGAGGAGGCUGGAGGAAGCCGAGAAAGCCCACCUGGCUGAGAUCCAGGGUCUUCAAGUCAGGAUUGCCUCGCUGGAGUCAGAGCUGAUGCAGCUGAUGAAGCAGAAUGGCAUCCAGGUCAACAACAACAACAGCAACAGUGCUGAGAGGCUCAGCGAGCAGCAGCACAGCCCAGUCAGGGCUCCCGCACCAGCCAGAGAACUGAAGGAGGGCUCUCCAAACUCACCCAGCAAAAUGAAGGGUAGCAGAGGACUUGUGCGAGACAGCAUCAGCUCCACAGAGGGAGAGGUCUCGGAGGGCCACAGCAGUCCGGCCCACAGCCGGAGCGGCUCGGUGCGCAGUGUGGCUUCAUGUGAAGGAGGAGCAGCAGCUCUCAGGGCCCCGGGCAGCACUGAGGGCUCCCCCAGGCACACGCUGCUCUCUCAGACCACCACAGCGUCCCACCAGGAUGGAUCUCAGUCCCCGGUGGUGUCCAGUCCCUCUCUCAGCCUGGAGGAGAACAUCAGUAGACGGGUGCUGGACCCUGGAUCUUCACUCAGACAAAGCAAAGUGAAGGACAAAGACACCCGUGCCUCACCUGGAAACAGUUCCACUGAGCCCUCAGUAGAGGACAGUCCAGAGAAACUAAAAGUCAAGAACUCUCUGACAUGGCCCCACUUCUUCUCCUAUUCAUAUUAUUUGGGACCCGGGACAAAUGAUGAUCUGAGUGCCAGCAGCAGCAGCUCGGUGGAAAUCAGCGGUCCGGUAACCGAAGCCAAGAUGUCAGGACGCUCACACACUUUGGCGCUCUCCUCAGAUGAGAGUCUGGAUAUGAUAGAUGAUGAGAUCCUAGAUGAGGGCCAGCUUGCUAAGCAGCACCAGUGGCAGAACCGCAGCGUGACUGAGUGGAGCUCGCAACAGGUGGCCCGAUGGCUGAUGGGCCUCAAUCUGGAACAUCAUAUCCAAGAAUUCACUGCCAAAAAUGUGGAUGGACCGCAGUUAUUGCAACUGGACAGCACUGAGCUCAAGGCACUUGGUGUGACCUCUUCUCAGGACCGCGCCCUGAUCAAGAAGAAGAUCAAGGACCUCAAGGUGCUGAUGGAGAAGGCCAAGAGGAACCGCGAAAAAAUGGAGAAGCAGCGUGAAAAGCUACGGAAGCGAGAGCUGGAACAGCAGCAGAAGCAAGCCCGUAAAGAGGCUUCUAAGCAACUGAAGGCUCGGUUCCUGGAGGCCCUGAAGAGGAACGAUGCCCAAGAGGUCUUGAAGAUUCUCCACACCACCAGCCUAGACAUAGACACUGUGCUGGAGUUGGAGGACCGUAGCAUGGUCCUGGCCUCAUACAAACAAGGUUACUGGUUACCAGGCUACAAACUGGAGACGUCCUGGGCGAUGGGUAUUCAUGUGUGUAUGAUGUACAACGCUCUAGAGACAGCGUUGGUGCUCCUACAGAAAGGGGCAGCGGUCAACCGCAUGCCAAAUGGGAAGACUCCGCUGCACGUGGCCUGUGAGGUCUCCCACGCUGACUGUGUGGUGUUGUUAUUGGCCCACGGGGCGAAGGUCAACGGCAUAUCGCUGAGCGGACACACACCGCUCCACUACUGUAUCAGCAGCCAGUCAGUGGAGUGUGCCAGGCAACUCCUCCUCCAAGGUGCAAAAGUGAACAUGCCCAGUCACAACAACGAUGAGGACACACCCUUACACACAGCAGCCAGAUUCGGCGUUCCGGAGCUGGUCGCUCUCUACCUCGCUCACGGUGCCUGUGUCAAUGCAGUCAACUCUCGCCAGGAGACACCCCUCAUCACUGCGGCCUUCUGGGCUCUCGAAACCAAGGAGCAAAUCUAUAGCCAAGAUCACCACCUUGUCUGUCGUAUCCUGCUGGACCACAAAGCAGACCCAAACCUCCGAGAAGAGGACCAUAAGACAGCUCUUCACAAGGCGGCCUGGAACUGUGACCACAUCCUGAUGCAGAUGCUGCUGGAGGCUGGGGCAGACACGCGGGCCAUGGACAUCAACGGCUGCGCCCCCAUCCAGUAUCUCCUCAAGGUGACUGACGUGAGACCCAUGGCCAUCCCCGAGUUGUGCUACCAGCUGCUGCUCAACUACAAUGCGGCGCGGAUCUACCCACCCCAGUUCCACAAGGUGUUACAGGUUUGCCAUAACUUCCCGAAAGUAGUAGAAAUUAUGGUCAACUCAUAUGAACGUCUAAAACCUACAAAGAAAUGGAGCACUGCCAUCCCUGAUGACUGCUACAAGCGACACGAAGAGUUUUAUGACUCCGUCUUUGCCGUUUGCACCAACACACCUCGCAGCCUCCUCCACCUGGCCAGGUGCACCAUCCGUGCAAAGCUGGGAGGGCUUUGCCACACAACUGUUGAACAGCUGCCGCUGCCGCCCAGCAUGAAGAGAUAUGUAUUGCUGGAGCCUGAAGGGAUACUGUACUGA